AUGGAAAUUUCCUCCUUUGUCCUGCUACUAACCCUCGCCGCCGCUCUCUUCCAACUACUUCCGCCGGCGGCCGCCCGGCAGAACUACUCCGGCCUCUCAUCCCUCAACUGUGCCGCCUCCGACGAACUCGCCCCGUCCCCAGCGUUUCUCUACACCUGCAACGGCCUCAACCGUUCCUGCCAAUCCUUCCUCAUCUUCCGAUCCACUCUCGAUUACAGCUCCCCUGCCGAAAUCGCCGAGCUGACGUCAUCCGACGCCGCGAAGAUCGCCGAAUUCAACGCAAUCGCCGACGAUCCCUCCUCGGGAUUCGAGCUGGGUAAAGACGUAAUCGUCCCCGUUACCUGCUCUUGCUCCGGCGACGGCGAACGAUACUACAGAGCAAACACGAGCUUCACCGUGACGAGGGCCGCGGGGACUUACUAUGUCGCGUCGACGGUUUUAUUCGACGGGCUGGCGACCUGCGCGGCGAUCAGGCGCGGGAACCCAAUUCCCGACCGCGAAUUGAAACCCGGAAUGAAAAUCCAGGUCCCGCUCCGGUGCGCCUGCCCGUCGGCAGAUGAGGUCUCCGGCGGAGUAAUUUACCUGCUCACAUACCCGAUUAGCUCCGACGACAGCUUGCCUGAUCUGGCCAGGAGGUUCAAUGUCACGCCGGAGAGAAUCCUCGACGCCAACGGUCUAACCGGAGACCCGAAUUUGGUUCCGGGUACCACAAUUCUGAUUCCGCUCUCAGGGCUUCCCCUGAGCUCAAUGAGUAAAGUCCACAGCAAGGUUCCUCAAAUUGCACCUCCGCCAGGGCCCACAAAGUCCGCCGGCGGAGGAGCUCCGAAAUCGAAGGCGAAAGCACUCGAGCUGGCGGGCCUCGCCGCGGCCUGCUUCCUGCUCCUGGUCAGCAUCGCCGUGGCGGUGAUUUGUCUGAUUCAGGGGGAAAGGAAGAGGAAAAGUUACGCCGGCGAGAUGAGGAAGGAGAGAGUGAAGCAGGACCUCCGAGUCGAGAUAGCGAGCUGCGAGCGAGCUCUGAAGGUGUUUGGGAUCGAGGAAGUGAACAGGGCGACUGGGAAAUUCUGCCCCGGGAAGAGAAUCAAGGGCUCUGUUUAUUCAGGGGAGUUCGGAGACAGAGUAUUUGCGGUGAAGAAGAUGAGCAGGGAGAUCGAUAUAUCGCUUGAGGUCAACAUUCUGAUGAAGAUCAACCAUUUCAAUGUGAUCAACCUCUAUGGCGUUUGCGACGACGGGCAGAGCUUGUACUUGGUCUCCGAGUACAUGGAAUUCGGAUGCCUGAAAGACUGGCUCAAGAGGGGAAGAAAGGGUGGAGAAGAAGAAGGUGGAAUUGGAUGGGAGAUUAGGGUUCAGAUCGGUCUCGAUGUCGCCAACGGACUUUACUAUCUCCACAACUUCACCAAGCCCGCGUAUGUUCAUCAGGACAUUAAGACGAGCAAUGUCCUUCUGAACAGUGACCUGAGGGCCAAGAUCACGAACUUCAGCCUGGCGAGGUCGGCGGCGGCGGCUAGGGACACUAAUGUCACGGUGCAUUUGGUUGGGACGCGAGGGUACAUGGCGCCGGAGUACGUGGAGACCGGGGAGAUCACUCCGAAGAUCGAUGUCUACGCGUUUGGGGUCGUGUUGCUGGAGCUGAUCACGGGGAAGGAAGCCGUGUUGGUGGCGAGGAACGGGAAGGAGACUCUGCUUUCGACGACGGUGGUUUCUCUGGCGGAGAAAGGUGGGUUGGAGGAGGCGUUAACGUCGUAUGUUGAUGCUAAUAUGGGAGAAACUGGGGUGGAGAUGGCACUGCCUCUGUUCAGGUUGAGUUUGGCCUGUUUGAGACGGGAAUCGGAGACUAGACCAAACAUGGAGGAGGUGGUGUCGAGUCUGGUGAAGAUUCUGACGGAUUUGAGAAGGUUGAGAUCGUUUGGUGACGAUUCAAGUACCGAUCGAUCGGUGAUCCCUCUCCGGCGUGCUUCGAGGAAUGAGAACGAUUGGAGUGUCGAAACUGCCUCAUGGUAA